AAAAUCUUAAAUUUCCAAAGUUUGCAAAGAUAUACGAAUUGCAGAAAUGGAGACAACUAUUAAAUUUUCAAGUCUUGAAAAAUCAAUUAAAAUUGAAGACAAUAAGCUAUGGGGCGGAAGAUUCGAGAAAGGAUUGGAUCCAUUGAUGGAAGAAUUUAACGCUUCCCUCAGAUUUGACAAAAGGCUGUAUUCGGCGGACAUUACAGGAAGUAUUGCUUACGCGAAGGCUCUCCGCAAAUGUGAUCUUUUAAAAGAAAAUGAACUGAAUUUAAUAGAAGAAGGAUUAGAGAAUAUACGGAGCGAAUGGCAGACCGGGAUGUUUGUGAUCAAAGGGGGUGACGAAGACAUACAUACGGCUAAUGAAAGGCGACUAAAGGAAUUGAUUGGCGCUGAUAUUGGAGGCAAACUGCAUACCGGCCGCAGUCGUAACGAUCAGGUGUCCACUGAUAUGAAAAUUUGGUUAAGGGAUUCACUUAAAGAAUUGCUUAAAUAUAUGCUUAAACUCAUUGAAGUAAUCAUCAAAAGGAGUCUGCAAUAUACCGAUGCAAUAAUGCCGGGCUAUACACACCUACAACGGGCACAACCCGUAUAUUUUAGCCAUUGGUUGCUGUCGUUUGCAUUCAUGUAUCAACAGGACUGCGAACGACUCAUAGCAGCGUUGGAUCGGAUGAAUGUGUGUCCACUCGGAAGUGGUGCCAUCAGUGGUAACCCUUUCAAUAUAGACAGAGAUUUUUUGGCCAAAGAAUUAGGAUUCAAGUCAUGUUCGAUGAAUAGCAUGCAUGCGGUCGGCGAUCGAGACUUUGUGGCAGAAUUCCACUUCUGGUCUUCGCUAACAGUUAUACACUUCAGUAAAAUGGCUGAAGAUUUGCUUCUCUUUAGUACCAAAGAAUUUAGUUUCAUUGAAAUAUCCGAUUCUUUUAGUACCGGAUCUUCACUUAUGCCUCAGAAGAAGAACGCCGACAGUCUUGAGCUCAUUAGAGGAAAGUCCGGAAGAAUUGUUGGCAAUUUGACAGCAAUACUGGUUGUACUGAAAGGCAUUCCCAGCACUUUCAAUAAAGAUCUUCAGGAGGAUAAGGAGGGAAUGUUUGAUUCAUUUGAUACAAUGAAAAGUUUGAUUCAAGUAAUAACCGGCGCUAUCGACACAUUAACGUUGAAUAGAAACAAAUGCAUUGAGGCUUUGAGUAGCGAUAUGUUGGCCACAGAUAUUGCCUACUAUUUGGUUCGCAAAGGCGUGUCGUUCCGGAAAACACACGAAUUGGCCGGAAGUGUUGUGUCGACAGCCGAAAGGCUAGGCCUCGAAAUACAUAACUUACCGCUCAAUGUGUUUAAAGAGAUUUCGGAGCAUUUCGAUGAAGACAUCAGACUUUUGUGGAAUUUCGAGAAUAGUGUCAAUCAAUACACAGUGAAAGGAGGGACGAGUAAAGCAAGUGUUUUACAACAAAUCAAUUUCUUAAAGGAUUGGCUCAAAGAUAACACGGAAUGAAAUUAAAUAAUAAAUAUAUUCAAUAAAUAUAAGUUAUAAACGAUUUUAUGAUUUAUUAUAUAAACUAUUGAAAUGACAUUACAAUAUAAUAAUGGAUGAAAUUUCUACAACAAUAAG